AUGGCUGCCUUGGCAGCCGAGGCAGGAGCCGGUGAACUCGACUACCUGCAAGGAUGGCGCACAGCAGACUCGGCCGAGGGCUACACCAAGCUCUUCUUCAACCAUGGCAACGUUUGCGCCCAGGCUUUUAUCGUUCGCGCCGUGGGCUCCGGGUUUAUGGUUUGCUUGCCUACCGGGGUUUUCUCCGAAGAGGAGUUGAGCGGGUUCCAGGCGGAGGGUUACCCUGGGAUGUUUGGUCCCCACUUCGUUACCUCAGUGCCUGCUGUUUCAGUGUCCGGCCGCGAGCUCAAGAAGACCGUUGUCUGCCUGCUCAUCGACGUGGCCGCCGAGGGCAUCGACAGGCUGCAAGAGGACCCCUUUCCCGACCUCGAGCUCAAGGUGUUUGGCACCCAGCGCUUGCAGAGUGUAUGGCCUCAUCGAGUCCGCGUUCUCGAAGCACUGGCUGGCUUUUUGGACGGCUCCGCGGCAGACCCUCCCGACCGCUUGGAUGCGUACUUCACUUGCGGCUCCGAGGGCGAACCUCUUCCUUUGCCGGCUCCCGUGGCGAACGAGGCGGUCCAGAACGACGUCCUGCAGCAGCUGUUGAUGCACGCCACCACUCAGGCAGAGGCCCUUGCAAGCCUCAACACCAGGCUUCUGUCUUUAGAGACUCCGGUGGUGGCAGCUCCCGAAGCGCCGCCGGCGCCCGCCGCAGCCCCGGCUUUGGGAGGUGGUGGAGUACCUCAGUGGGCACCCCAGCUCUUCAGCGAGGGCGCCAAGGCUCAGCUUCCGGAGGAGCAGCUUCACAGGCUGCUGCAGCUCGCCGGCAAAGGACCCCAGAGGUUGGGCGACUUAGCGGGGCCCAGCGCCGCUCCUGCGAAACCAGGGGCUGCCCAGCUUUACCUAGGGGCCGCAGCCAAGGCUGCUCCUGCACCCCACCCCGCGGGGGGCGUGGAGCCGCUGGCCGAGGAUGCCGUGGAGGCCGACGCCAACGAGGAUGUCGAGGACGAGGGGCGUGCACUAGCAAAGGUUCUCAGCCAGCAGACCAAGCUUCUAGCAGCGCUUGUGGCCAGCACCACCAAGAAAUCCUCGGAUCCGCUGAGCAUUCUCGGCGGCGGCGGUGCCGACGAGGAGACCAAGGUUCCGGGGAUCCGCGGUAUGGCCGCACGCCAGCUCUUGAAGGAUCAGAUCCACAAGGACCCCUUGAAAGUCUACCACAAGGUGCGCGAAAGAUUGGCGCAGGCCAGGAGGAAGGGCAGCACGGCUGCCCUAGAACCUCGGGACAUGUUUUAUCAUUUCCAGGAUGUUGUUCCCCUCGGCCACUACAAGACCCUCACAUACUUCGCCUUCCUUCUUUGCGACGCUUGGGAGGCGAUGGAGCAGGGGAGGUCCGAGGAGGUCAUGAGCCUGAUCAGCCUCGGCCUGGUGUUCGCCGAACAGGUGGCCAACGAAGGCGGGGCCACUCGACUCGGGUGGCUCCUCACGUUUCGCGACGACCCGCCUUUCAGUUUGGUGGAGCAGAGGCGAGCGCCGAGGAGCGAAGUCCCACACGGGCUCCUGGCCGACCCAAGGUGGGUUACGGCCAACCUAGCCUACCUGAAGGAUGUGGAAAGCAUCCAAGAUCGGACGGCCAAGAGCCACCAAUCUCAGCAGCCGGGAAGCUCGAGCACCACGACAACACCUGGCCCAGGAGAGCAAAAGGGAGGCCGUGGAGGAAAGCGCGGCCAGAAGGGACGGGAUCCACCGGAGUUUGCUGAGGGCUCGUACUCGCCUGUCUUCUUUUAUUCAUUCUUCUUUGUCAAGUUCGCAACCCGUUUCGGGACCAAGCUCGGUGGCCGGCGCUUGGCGCGGUGGCACCGCCGGCACUACAUCAGGUUGGAGGCAAUGGCCUCUACGUGGAUCCGCUUGGGGUCUGGUGGUACAGCAGCUGCCGCCCGUGAGCCGGAAACCGCUUUUUCCGCCAACGUGACAAAGGCCAAGCUCGCAACGGUCAGUAAGCCCAUCGAUCCCUCUCGGCUCUCCUUUGACGAGGCCCCCAGGUUCCAGGCCGAGAAGUUUCUUGUGGACCCAUUGUUGCGAGCUGGCUUUAGAGAUCCCCGGAUUUUCCGCCGGCAUGAGGACGAGUGGCCUCGGCCAAAGGUUGCCCGAGUACAAGCUCCUUUAGACAAACAGCUUCAACUUUACAAGAAGUGGGACGAUGUCGAGUGCCUAUAUCUGGUUCCCGCUUCCUCGUCGGAGUAUCGGUAUCGUUGUGGUUUGUUCAGCGUCUAUAAGAGCGACACCCUGGACAGGCAGCGGCCAGCCAUGUGUAUCCUGACACAAGUCUUUCACGAGGGCACCGGUUGUCGCGCGAAUGAGAUAUUUUGCCUCUCGCAGGCGGAGUGUGCGCCGCCCGAGUUUCAACUACGGCUAGCCUGGAACUGCUUAGGUUUUGACGUUGCGGAUGGACCACGCGGAGACAUCAUGCAGCAGCAGACUCUACUGCACAUCGUCGGGUUGAUAGCCCGAAACAGCUUCGCGACGCGCAGUGGCUUCAUCCUGCAUCUUUGUGCAGCUUAUGGGCUGCUUUGUUCCUGUGAGCAGCCGCGUGGGUCGGUCAUGUUCCGGUUGGAUUGCUUCAGAAGGCUCAAGGCUCGUGGCUUUGUCGAGGUGGACUUUUGCCUUUGUACUUACGGCUCACCCUUCAUGACGCCUUCGCGGUGGCUCGCCAACAACACCGACUUACUCAAGAUGCGAGGCACGUGCUCUUGCCCCUUGAAGGACAAACAUUUGCGAGUUGGGCCCACGUUCUCAGCUGACAACAUAGUUCAGUUUCGGCGGCUUUGCAGACCCAGUAGCCUGGAGGUUUUUGGCCGUGAUCCCAAGCCCGGUGAAGCCUUGUGCAAGUUCUCCGGUAUGUGCCCCUUGCCAGCGGCUAAGCACCUGCUAGACCUGCAGCUCCCCGCCAUCAAUGAACUGAAGGCCCGUACAGUCACCUUGAGUCGGCCUGCUCAUCAGCCCCCUCGUUGGGUUGCAGACUUGGGUCAUUGUUUGGAUUGGAGGACCAUUAUCCAGUAUCGUUUCCGGCAGCUGAACCAUAUCAACGUGAACGAAGAACUCAGCUACCGCAGCCUUGUGAAGCUCUUGGCCAAGACACAAGCUCAAAGUCGGUUCGGGGUGUUGCUCGACAGUCGUGUGACGAUCGGUUGCAAUGCGAAGGGCCGGUCGAGUAGUGCCACUAUCACUGCGGUGUUCGGCCGCUGUGGCUGGAAAGAUUGCUGCGGGGCGAUUACAGACACUUCGACCUUGUGCGACGUGCUGACGACUGCUCAGGAGCGCCGCCAGGACUUUCUGGUUGCCCGAUCUGAGGUCAACUUAGAUGCUACUGGAGGCCUCAGCAGCCUGGUGGCUCAGCGCCGCGACAAAUUCUUUUCAAAUUUCAGUGCUUGGGCCGAGGGCCAGUUGCAGUGUCAGUUCUCCCAGUUGUGCGGUUCAGGGCUUCUUCUCAGCACGACGUUAGUCGCCUACGGCAAGUACCUCUUCUACUCUGGGUCUCCCAAGUACGUUUUCUCAGAAACAAUCAAUAGCUGCACCGAUCGCUUCAGACAUUUUCGCAGCUACUUUGCGGCUGCCUGGGGUGUGCUGUCUCGUUGGGAAGAGGAAGAACCACAAGAGCGAUCUAUGAUUAUCCCUGAAGCCGUUUACAAAGCAGCGAUCACUGUGGCUCUGCUUUGGGGCUGGCCCUUCUUUACGGCUGCUCUGCUUUUGGGUUUUCACGGGCUUCUUCGUCCUGGCGAAUUUCUCAAGCUUCGAAGGAGGGACCUCAUCCUUCCACGCGAUCUACUUACCAGCACUCCCAUUGCGUAUGUCCGCAUUCUGGGAUCAAAAACAAAGCGGUUUCUGCAACGCCAGCAUGCCAAGGUCUCUGAUGUCCUCGCUGUUCGGUUUCUUGAAGCUUUGUACGGUUCUACUCCGAGUGCUGAGCCUCUGUUCAACUGUUCACCAGCCGUCUUCCGCCGCCGAUGGAAUUGCGUGUUCCAGCACUUAGGCGUGCCGACUGGUGACAACGAGCAAGGAAUCACUCCUAAGUGCCUUAGAGGCUCUGGUGCUACAUGGCUUUAUCAGCUGACUGAGGACAUUGGACGGAUUCAGUGGCGCGGCAGAUGGCAACAAAGGCGCACCCUUGAGCACUACUUGCAGGACGUGGCAGGGCAGCUCUUGCUGACCGACCUGACAGAGAGUCAGCGCUCCGCUGUGCUCGAGCUGGCGCCUUUUGCAGCUUCCCUUCUGAGCCUUUACGAGUCGAAACUUCUUCGGACUUAG